AUGGUCUUCGCAACGAUCAACGUUCUUCUAGACGUCCCGCCAGACCCUACCUCGAAACCUUGCAGACCACACGAAAGGCUCAAGCGAAAACUGCUAUUUCAAUUCAGCCUUAAAGCAUUCGUAUCGCGUCAGCUCGAUUAUCCGGUUCUCGGGAUCGUAUGGUAUUGGCCUGUAGAAACUGCGGAGCACCUGGUUGAUGGUUGUGUUAGCAAGAUAUGUGUUACGUUGUCAGGUCUCAGGGUCGAGAGAAACGGCGGAAAAGUUUACACCAAAAACCGCCGAUCUCCCACCCAGAUCAUUCCGCUGUUUGUUUCUCGGCAGGGCAGUGUGCUUAAGGGUGACAGAGAGAUAGUAUAA